AUGGCUAAAACUUGGGUUGCUCCAUUGAAAAAGUUAACAUUACCUAGGUUAGAGCUAAUGGCGGCAGUAAUUGGAUCCCUACUAUGUAAACACCUGCAGCAAAACACCAGCAUAACACAGAUAUACCUUUGGUCAGAUAGCCAGAUUGUGCUUUCUUGGCUUCAGACGCCUAAAACCCUUCCACGAUUUGUAAGGAACAGAGUGAUUGAAAUCCACGCGCUGUCCGAAAACCGGAAAUGGAAUUAUUGUCCGACGAAAGAAAACCCUGCCGAUUUACUUACGAGGGGUAUCUCUGUGACUCACUUCAAGAACAGUAAUCUAUGGUUUCAUGGACCUACAUGGCUUACCACACCUGACAGUUGGCCAGUUUGGCAAGAAAAAGAUAUUUACGUUACCAUGACAACGUUUAUUGACCCAGCAACCAAGCCAAAAGAUACAAUUUUACCAUUAAGCAAUAUCAGUUUCAUAGACAUGUCAAGAUUCAGUUCUUUAAGAAAGCUGCUCAGGGUUACAGCUUAUGUCCUGCGUUUUAUAUUCAAGUGUCGAGACGGGAGUCAUACUGGAAGAUUAGACUUUUUAACUACAGACGAACUACGCAGAGCUGAGGAGAUGUGCAUACGAUGUUGCCAGAUGUCCAAAUAUCAAGCAGAAAUAGAAGAUACAAAAUCAAAAAGAAACAAAUUUCCAUUAUGUAGACAACUUCAGUUAUUCUUAGACAAUGGCAUAUUAAAGUGCCGUGGUCGUAUCCACAAUGCUCCAUUAGACGAGCUGACAAAAUGCCCGUACCUACUACCAGCUAAGCAUCCUUUUACAAAGUUAGUUGUCAACGACGCACAUUCCAGAUUAUUGCAUGCCGGCGUUAGUUCAACUAUUACGUUCUUAAGACAGAUGUACUGGAUUCCUUCGAUUCGUCAAACUGUAAAAAACAUAUUACGUAAAUGUACAUGUUGUGUAAAGGUUAUUGGGAAACCCUACUCAGCACCUGACCCACCUCCAUUACCAAAGUGUAGAGUUUCUGACGUCAAACCCUUUACUUAUACAAGAGUAGACUUCUCUGGAGCAUUACUGGUUCGGGAUAGUAACAAAAGAGACAUAAAAGCUUACUUCUGCUUGUUUACAUGUGCUUCUACGAGAGCAGUUCACCUAGAACUUGUUUCAAACCUAUCAGCAGAAUCAUACCUACAAGCUUUCCGACGUUUCUGUAGCAGAAAAUCUGUCCCUUACGUCAUGAUGUCAGACAACGCUAACACCUUCAUAUCAGCCUCAAAACAAUUAAGAGAUUUGUUUCACUCACUCACAGUUAGAGAAGAACUCAACAACAGAGGAAUUGAGUGGAAGAUGAUACCUAAACGCGCCCCUUGGUUUGGUGGAAUGUGGGAACGUCUCAUAGGUCUGACGAAAACAACUAUAAAGAUAGUGCUAGGACGUUCCUAUGUUACCUACGAAACGUUACAGACUGUAAUCACAGAAAUCGAGGCAAUGAUUAACGAUAGGCCGUUGACAUAUGUUUGUUCUGGUAAUUCAGAUGAACCGGAAGUACUUACACCAUCACACUUACUUUAUGGCAGACGAAUAACCAAACUCCCUUAUGAAGAUGUCCUUUCAUGUACAUUCCCUACGCCAAGUGACCGAUCGUCAGUUAUCAAACAAGCUACGAUACAAACGAAGUUAAUUAACCACUUCCGGGAUAGAUGGCGUCACGAAUACCUGACAGCUUUACGAGAACGUUAUCAGACUACUGGCAAAAAUGACCAGACGAUAUCCGUUGGAGACGUUGUAUUAGUCCACCACGAUGUUCCCCGCUUAUUAUGGAAACUUGCUGUGGUUGAAGAACUCGUGCCAGGAAAAGAUGGACUUAUUCGAAGUGCUAAAAUUCGAACUCAAAAUGGACUCACAAAUCGCGCAAUUGUAAAACUUUACCCCCUCGAAAUGUAUUAA